AUGGCAGCUUCAAACAAAUCUGGUCCUUCGGGUACUGAGCCCACCAAAACGCCCGUCUAUAUUCAGGAGGUGACGCCUGAGAUCACCACGUUCGACUACCCCUUCAGUCGAUUCGGAAUCCUGCCCAUCGGUGGUCGCAGCAUCGCCAUCAAGAUGCGCGAUGGCCGUCUGUGGGUCGUGCCGUCUACACCUCUCGACGAGCCGACCAGGGCCAAGAUUGACGCAAUGGGCGAAGUCGCCUAUCUCGUGGCGCCUGACAACGUACACCACCUCUUUCUCAAAGAUUUUCACGCAGCCUAUCCAUCUGCCAAGGUGGUUGGCACCGAAGGCCACGAGGAGAAGCGACCGGACGUAAAGUUUACCGGCAUCUACGGCAGAGAUGCUCCCAACACACAAUACGGCUACGAGUCAGAGUUGGUGCCGCAGUACUUCCCCACAUUUGCCAACAAAGACGUUGCUUUCCUGCACAAGGACAGCAAGACGCUCAUUACGGCUGACCUGCUAUUCAACUUGCCUUGCAACCAGCAAUACCGCAACACCCCAUCAGGCAAAGCGACAUCGUGGAUUCCCGGUGUGAUUUGGUUCUCGAAGCUCUUUAACCCCUACGCUGCUUUCCACAAGUCUUUCCUUGGAUCGGCGGGUAUUGCCAAUGGCAUUCCCGGUGUAACCAACGGCGGUUCCACCGACGAGAGGAAGAAGAACUUUGCCGAGGCGGCUUCCACAGUGGCCAGUUGGGACUUCCGUCGUAUCAUUAUGCUGCACGGCGACAUUAUUGAGAACCACGGUCAGGAAGCAUGGAAGACGGCGUUCAGCAAGUACCUCAAUGCUGACGGUAGCUCCAAGUUCAAGACGUCGUGA